AUGGGCUGGAGUGACGAGCUGUCUGAACGGUUUGCCCCCUCUUUUCUGACAGGUGCAUUCCUGAUCUUGCUAAUCAUCACCCAGAUGGAGUCCCACGGUUCCACCACUCUACCGGCCUCUAACACCACAGAGGGCAAGCGGCUCCGAAGAGCCUGCAACGGCUGUCAUCGGAUGAAAUUGCGUUGUUCAGGGACGAAACCCUGCGCGCACUGUCAGGAUACAGGGAACGACUGUGCGUACGCGUUCGUAGCAAAGCUGGGGAAACCGCGGGGGAGCCGCAACAAAAAGACCAUCGAGCGCGAGAGGGAGAGGCAGAGGCAAGUGAGCGCAGCCGCCUCAGAGCAAGGUGAGGGCAAUGGUGAGGCCGAGCCCGAUACGCGGUCAUCCUCGCCGGCAUCAACCCCGCCGCCGCCCUCAACCGUACAAAGAAAGCUCACAGACAGCGGUAACUACAGUGGUAAUUCGUGUGUAUCAAAUUCCGGGCCUGACACAGUGGACGGGAUGGACUGGACGGCGCUUGUACAUGCCGCCGUGACAACGCCAGCGUCACUGCCGAUAGACCCAGCGCUGGGCUGGAUGGACGAGAUGGACGGGCUGGAUGGGGAGAGUUGCUUGCAGAGCACGAUGUGCGAUCUAUCAGCUUUCCAGCUGUCUUGGCGCUGCUUGAUGCUGAUUGCUUCUUUUGUCUCGCGGGCAGAGGAUCUCCAGUCCCACUGGCCGAUGCCAGUCAGAAUUGAGGAGCUAGCCCUGGAGCAGGGCUCUACUGCGUCAGCAAAUCCAGCAAAACCAGCCCCAGUGGCAGAGAGCCCAUCAGGGGCCCGGAGAAGUCCGACAAUGAGUACUGGACAGGCAUUCUGCGACUGCCUUCGGACACUUUUUGAGUCUCUCUGCAGUCUCCGCGCCCCAAACACCAGAGGCCGCACCCAGAUCCAGUCUCCUCCAACAACACCACCCCCGGGCCCAAGCGGAAACAACGCCUUCCUCCUCACGCUGAACGCGUUCAGUACCCUGCAAAAAGUGCAAAAAUGCCAGCUUCCAUCAUGUCACUCAGACUAUGAGACGACCGAGCUCGUCAUUCUCACAGUAGACCACGUCUUCCGACGCUUGCAGCGCCUCCUCUGCGAGAGAACAGGCGCAGAGGCGGGGUUUACCGACCUGCAACUGCAUCUUGGCGGGCAGACAGUAUCGGAGUCCGAGCCGCUGUCCCUAGUCCGACAGGCGCUGCUGGGGUUGGUGCGUGAACGGGCGCAGCAGGCCGUGCUUGAGACAAGGCGGCGUAUGGGAAUGCUAGGCACGAAUCUGAAUACGAACGCCGGUGCCGAUCUAGAGGAGGCGCUGAAUGGUAACACGGAAAAAAUGUACGUUGUGAAACUGCGCAUGGCUGGGAUGAGGUUGGACACGAUGUUGCAGCAGAUUGAGUGGCGCUUGCAUUAG